GGAACACGAGAUAGCAAGGAGCCUGACGAGGAGGAGGAAUGCUGAAGUUACCCUGAUCAAGUUGUAAGAACGUAAGAAGACGCGAGGAAGGGAGGAAGGAGGCUGUGGGGCAACAGACGACACAGGAUCCAUGAAGCGAGGAGUAUCUGAUACCGGGGCGGCCACCUCUCCCGGCCCCUCGAAGCUGCAGAAGACCUCUUCGGGAUCAGAUGGAGACAACGGAGGCCCCGAUGCUAAGUCUAUCCUCCAGCAGCAGAACCACGAGCUUGCGGUUGACAUGCGCCGAAGAAAGCGGCAGGAGGCCGAGCUGGAGAAGAAGCUUACCCAGGCUUGGGCUCGGCAGGGGCACUUCGAUGCGACGCUGUCGUCCGUAAAUCGCGCAUGGCGCCAGGUGCUGUCGGACCUCAGCACGGCAGCCGGUGAACUGGGGCUAGGCCCUCGACCUCUGAACGUGACCGUAGCUCCCGGGGGUGAUGACAAGGAUGAUGACGAUGAUGACGAAAACAAGGAGGAAGGAGAAGUGAUCAUGGUCAGCGUUAAGGACGGACUCUCAGUGCCAGUGGAGGGGCAAGAACCGGCUUCCGAGCUGUCCAUCAUGCAGAAGCUGAUCAUGCCUGCCUCGGAGGUCCUCGCCAUGGAUGCCACGGAGUUUUCCUGCGGAGAUCGCUUGCUCAAGGGGAUGGGGAAGAAGCCCGAGAAGAGCGAGGAGGCGGCCAGUUCCCGAGAACGCCUCGCAGGCAUGGCCGGCACCAGCAACGCCUUCUACGACCUCGACACCGACGGGUACGGCCUCAAGAGCCGGGAGAGCGUCAAGGCGGAGGCGGCGACCGACAUAGCAGAGCUGGACAAGGCCCUGAAGGAGAAGGCGAGGUUCACCGGCGAGCUGGCGGGGAGGCUGUUUCAGGCACUGCAGGCUCACCUGAUGGCCCUGCCGCCCGAGUCGCGGAAGGACACUCUUGACAAAGCGCAGCUGGAGAUGGUGGGCAAGAAGAAGAGGCUGGAGGCGGAGAGGGAUUUCCUCAGCGAUGAGCUGACGCAGGCGAGGAAACGGUGCAUGGAGUUGUCGGAGUCGGUGACCUCCCUUCGAGAGAACUGCCGCAAGGCUAACCGCACUCUGGACAAGCUCGCGGCAGACGGGGUGAUCGUCGAAGUUCCGUCGGAAAAGGGCACCUCAGGCACUGGGGGGAGGAGAGGCAGCGCCGAAGGCGGGGCUGCAGGGCUAGGUGGUGGAGCGGGUUCGACGUACUCUGUUGGCACCGGUUACAAGCGAGGCGUCAACGGGGCCGGGGAUGUGGAGGAUCUUCUUGCCGCCCUCGAGGAGGCACAGACCUUGGCAGAGACAAGGCUGAAGGAGAUGGAGAGGUGGAGGACCGAGAAGACAGAGGCUGAGCGAGAGCUGACCCAGUUCAAGGCCAGCACGGAGCUAGAGACAAAGAAGGCUGAUCUAUCCGGGCACCCACAAUUUCAGAGGUUGUCGACCCAGUUGGAAGCGGAGCAGGACAUGCUGAAGCUGGAGAAGGCAAGGGUGACCGAGCUUGAAGGGCAGAUCAAGCAGAUGUCGGGCCAGGUGGAGCAGCACGAGAUGGCGCUGCAGCAGCAGAUGGAGCAGCAGCGCCUCCGGUGGAAGUCGGAGAUCGUCUCGAGCAACAGCAUGCUCAACACGGCCCACGAGGACCUCGACAAGGCCCAGGGGAAGCUGAAGCACGAGCAGCGGUUCGGGUCGGGGAUGCUGAAGAGCGUUACCAUCGCGAAAGAAGAGGCCGAACGCCUCCUGAAACAGACGGAGCAGCAGGUUUCCAUCCUCAAGGCGUCUUUGGAUAGGGCCACCAAGGCCAAAGAGCACGCGGAGGCUCAGGCUGCGAAGGAUCGGGCAAGGCUGGAGCGGCAAGGGGCAUCAGCGGGAGCGGGCGGGGGGGGUGGAAGGGAAGACGAGAACCUGAGGGCGAAACUCGCGGACUCUCUGCGGCAGCUGGAGGGUUCCAAGGCCAUCGAGGACGCCCUGCAGUCGGAGCUCAACACCACUCUGGCGGCCUACGCACAGUCCAAAGAGGGGAACCAGAAGCUUGUACAGGAAAUGACCCGCAUCAGCGCCAGCCGGAAGGAGCUAAGCGAUGAGGUUACCUCUACCAAGGCCCAGCUCAAGAACCGUGCUAAAGUCAGGGCAACGAUGGAGUUGCAGAUCAAGACGGCUAUGCAGAUGCGGGAUCAGGGGCACGCUUUGAAGCAAAAGGCGCUAGAUCUCGUUGCCGAAGCGGAAGAAAAGGUGCAGCACGAGAGAAAGCAGAACCUUGAGCUUGCCCGGGAAGUACACACGGAAAAGGCGCACGCUGACAGGGCCAGGCAAGAGGUGGACUUUCUCACGCAAACCAAGCAGGCGGUGGAGACAGCUCACAGCGCUUUGAAGGUGCACUGCGAGCAGCUCAACUCUAAGGUGGGGAAGGUGGAGGAGGAGGUCAACUCCACCAAGGAGCAGGUGGCGACCCUCACGAGAAGGCUUGAGAAGUCUCGGAGCCUGAACGCCAAGCUGGUGGAGCAAGUGAAGGAGACGGCCAAGAACACAAAUAGCCUCAGCAAGGUGGAGGAGGAGGACAACGAGAUGAGGGAUGCCGAGCUAGGCGAGCUCCGAAAGAUGAUCAAGUGCUCCGUGUGCCAGGACAAGAAAAAGAACAGGGUCAUCACCAAGUGCUUCCACAUGUUCUGCGACGGGUGCCUCGAGAAGAGCAUCAAGAGUCGAAACCGCAAGUGCCCAGCGUGCGGAAAGGUGUACGCCCCAGACGAUGUGCACGAGCUUUGGCUCACGUGAGAGGGAGAGAAACAGAGAGGGACGUCACCUCGAGAUUCGCCUGAUUUUGUUGGUUUUCGUGCGGCGUGGAGUGGCCUUCCGGCUGCACUGCCUGUGGUCUCAAGGUGUUGAUUGAUUCCAGUGGUCUGGCGUGAGGGAGAUGGAGAUUUUAUCAUCAUGAUGGUAGAUUCAGAUUUGUAUCCUACCGCAGUAUACGGUAGAUUUCGCGUCUUCUUGUAGUAUGGAUGUGUUAACCCAAACAACAAUACAACGUGGUAUGCCGAUACAACACAAUUACAUCGGCAUCGAGCAAGCUCAGUGCGGGUCCUGGGGAGGUUGAUGUAGGCACAUCUGAUUUGCGACGUUUCUGACAGAACCUGCCUGCCGACAGAAAUACCCUUAUCAGAAAGCGCUGCCUUGUUUGCGCAUUAACUUGGCGUUGCUGCCUGUGUUGGACGCUUGCUCUAUCAAUGUCGUGCCUUCACCAAUACUUUUUUGGUCGUCGGGGUGUGUGUGUGGCAUGUUCCCGAUGUGCUUCUGGUCGCGGUAGGCAGUUCUUGUGUAUGCGUUGCGGUGAACCAAGUUUAUAUUGGUGACAAGUAUCUAAUCUGUGUAGCGUUCUCAUGCAAAUGUCGUUCGUGUUGAGCGUUCAAACGUGUUUCAGAUGACCGAGCAAGUUCAAUCGUUCUUUCCUUUGUUGUCCUACUACAGUGUGCAGUCUCUUCACAUGUUGAAGACGCUCGCUCGUGUGGUGAUUAUAUUGUAUUCCUCUGGGACGGUGAAGAAAAAGCAACAAUUUGGUACAUC